GAUAAGCAAGAUUUUAUUGAAAUAGUUCGUACUGAAUAUGAAGUUUUAUGUACAAUUUCAGAUACAGAUAUUAAUCAACAUAUAUUACCAAAUACUAGUCAAAAAGAAUCAACAAUAAUGGGAAAACUGUUUGCUAAAAAGAAUGCUAGUAUUUUACCAACAAGACAAAAUGAAUUUGAUAAAUAUUUAAAAAUUUCUGAACUUUAA